CGAAAGCUCUCAACCAAUCCGCGAACACAAGGUUGGAAAAAUGGCGUCUUCCAUCAGAUGGAGAUGUGUAUCAGUGUUGCUUUUUGUGGUAUUUAUCCUGUCGGUUCAUUGUUCGAACAGUAAUCCUAAAAAGAAGAAGGAUAUUCGGGAUUACAAUGACGCGGAUAUGGCGAAGCUGCUGGAGCAAUGGGAGAAAGAUGAUGACAUUGAAGAGGGGGAUUUGCCAGAGCACAGAAGACCCUCCCCGCCCAUCGACUUCUCCAAAGUGGACCCUUCCAAACCCCAAGAUCUCCUGAAGAUGUCUAAGAAGGGAAAGACCGUGAUGGUGUUUGCAACGGUGUCCGGAAACCCCACAGAGAAGGAGACCGAGGACGUCACCAGCCUGUGGCAGGGCAGCCUCUUCAACGCCAACUUUGAUGUUCAGAGGUUUGUGGUGGGCUCCAACCGUGUCAUCUUCAUGCUACGUGAUGGCAGCUAUGCUUGGGAGAUUAAAGACUUCCUGACCCUCCAGGAGCGGUGUGAGGAUGUGACUGUUGAGGGCCAGGUGUUUCCUGGGAAAGCGGCCAACAAAGCCAACAAGGAGAAAGCGCAAAAUGAGACCAAGAAGAAGAAGGACAAGAAUGCAGCCAACCGUGUAAAUAAAAGCAAACAAGAUCUAUGACUGCACUGAUAUUGACGAGGUUUGUGGAGCAGAACAAAGGGGAAUUGAUGCCUUAAAUAGAGACUAUACUCUGAGAAGAACUAAUGAGCCCAGUUGUCGAGAGUGUUUCAGGCACUAUGUUCAGACAUGUAGUGCCUCAUUACUAUACAUGGUUAAAUCAAUGAUACCAUGCAGCUGGUCCUUGCUUACAGAAGGUACUUGCUUUAACAUCUGUCAGAAAGGACUUCAUUCAGUAUGCUGUUAUCUUUUUUGGUCCCUCACUCUUUAUUCAAGCAUUGUUCCACUAGAUUGAUCUAUUCAUUUUAAAAACAAUUGAAAUGAAAGGAUGCAUCAUUAAAAUGAUUUGGCCUUAUCAUAUAAUCCUACUUGUACUUCACCAUUAUAAGUAACUUUAGAUCAACAUAUUGCAUUUUGAAUCAAAAUAAAAACAGAUUUGUAAUACA